AUGAACGAUCUGCUCUCCCUCUCCUUCAAGCGCACCGUCGCGGACGACUCAUCGCCGCCGCACUCGCACAGCGCCAUCGAGAUGCCAAAGGCCGUAGUCUCCGGCGGAAGCUGCCACGGCGGGAACAACCUCGACAAGUUCUACCUCGACGUGGAGGAAGUAAACGGAGACUUAAAAGAGCUCGAUCGUCUCUGUCACAGCCUCCGAUCGAGCCACGAGAAGAGCAAGACGCUUCACAACGCCAAGGCGGUGAAGGAGCUGAAGGCGAAGAUGGAGGCCGAUGUCUCGGCGGCUCUCAAGACGGCGAAGCGCGUGAAAGGAAGCCUCGAGGCGCUGGAUCGUGCUAACGAAGUGAACCGGGGUUUUCCGGAGAGCGGACCGGGUUCGUCGUCGGACAGGCAAAGGUCGUCGGUGGUGAACGGGCUGAGGAAGAAGCUUAAGAACGCGAUGGAUGAUUUUAAUCGAGUGAGAGAGACGAUCUCGACGGAGUACAGAGAGACGAUUCAGCGUAGGUACUUCACCGUCACCGGUGAAAAUCCCGACGAGGAUACCGUCGAUCGCCUCAUCUCCACAGGGGAAAGCGAAACAUUUUUGCAGAAAGCGAUACAAGAGCAAGGACGAGGUAGAGUUUUGGACACGAUCAACGAGAUACAAGAGAGGCAUGACGCAGUGAAAGACAUUGAGAAGAGCUUGAACGAGCUGCACCAGGUGUUUCUAGACAUGGCUGAGUUGGUUGUGCACCAGGGUGAGCAGCUUGAUGACAUUGAGAGCCACGUGAAACGAGCCAAUUCGCUGGUUAGGUCCGGUGCUGACACGCUGGUUAGGGCGCGGUUCUAUCAGAAGAACACGCGAAAGUGGACUUGCUGCGCCAUUUUCUUGUUGAUCAUUAUUGUGGUCUUGGUUGUGUUGUUUACGGUUAAGCCUUGGCAGAACAAUGGUGGUGGUGGUGGUAGUCAAGCUACUCCGGUGCCAGCUCAGCCACAGCCAACUCCUCCGACUCCAGCCCGGCGGCUACUUCGUUAA